CGAAGAAAAAACAUAAAUAUUCAAGAUUGUGUAUUUUAAAAAAUCUGUUCCAAAAGUGAAAACAAAGCAGGAAAAUCAUAAAUUUUGUGAACAUAAUUGAUGUCAUCGCUCAAGCACUUUCUUAUCUUCAUGAACAUUCAAGAUUAUUCAUAGUUCACAGAGACUGGCUGAUUUUGGGAUGGCUGGAAUAUUUGGCGGGGAAGAACUAUGCAAGGACUACGCAGGGUUCAUACGGAUUCACGAUAUUGCCACUGGUUAAUAUAGUAGGACCAGUGAUCAUAUGGUUGGAUGUUGAUCAAGCCAAUACAUAAUGGUUUGGUCGUGUUUUCGGGAUACAGUUGUGGUCCUUGUGGAGCUGGAUCCAGCUACACUAUAGACUUUUGGGAACUGUAGCCGUGGACUUCACCUGGGGCAACAAGACUUAAAAAAUAUAAUACAUAUUUACCUUGGUACUGUGUGAUCAUCAGGGUUUGCUCACUGAUUUAUGUUUGUCAAAUUCCUUAAGCAUGAAACAAAAUUUGAUGAUGCAAGUGUUUGGUUCGUUCCCGUUAAGAAUAAGUGUUAUGUUUCUUUGUAUUUUCAGCAAUUUAAAGGUUAGAAGCCAAAUUGAGGAUUAUGAUGGACAACCACGGGCCACCAUAGGAACACUCGUGCCUUUAUAUGCAAGCGACGGAAGUACUAUAGUUUCUCCAGGACGUAAAUUUGAACUGGGGUUUUUCUCCCCAGGUAAUUCAGGUAAUUCCUAUGUUGGUAUAUGGUACUAUGACAGCCCAGAAACAAUAGUCUGGAUUGCAAACAGACAGAGGCCCAUCCGAGAAGGUUCUGGCUCCAAAUUAGUAGUAGGAGAAGAAGGCUGUUUAAAUUUAUACAGUGGUUUGGAUGGAAUGAUGAGGAUAGCAUGGGGUUACAUUGUUAGAGCGGAACUUCUGGAUGAUGGGAAUCUCAAUUUAAUUAGCGAAAACAAUGAGGUUGUAUGGCAAAGCUUUGACCAUCCAACAGAUACUUGGCUACCUGGUGGGGAACUUGGAAUCCUCACUUCUUGGAAGCAUCACGAUGACCCAGCUCCGGGUGUCUAUUCUUUUGGGAUGUAUCCAGGAGGCAAUCCUGAACUUCUUCUCUGGAAGAAUUCAUCAGGACUGAUACUUUGGAGGAGUGGCGUCUGGAAUGGCUCUAAUUUCAAUUCUUUUUCAAUCGGUCAGGCGAAUUUCAGCUACAUCAGAAAAAAGCAGGCUAAAUAUUUUACUUACAACGUUCCAGCAUCCCUCACAGGCAGAUUUGCCAUGACUAAAGAGGGACAGAUCAAUCUGUGGGUGAGAGCGGAAAAUCAAAAGUGGAGAUUACAUGUAUCCAUCCUUGCAGAAGAUUGUAAUAGGUUUGGUUUCUGUGGUCCAAAUGGAGUCUGCAGCACGCUUUCAGUCCCUACUUGCAGUUGUUUCAAAGGUUUUAAGAUUCGUUCACCAAAACAGUGGAAGUCUGCUAAUUGGUCUGGUGGAUGUAUCAGGAUUAGGCCCCUGCAGUGUUCCAAUACUGAAUUUUUUUAUUUUUCUAAUGUUUCAAUGCCUGCUAAUGCAAAAUCUAUGAAUUCAGAGAGUCGAAAAGUUUGUCAGUAUGCAUGUCUGGGCAACUGCAGCUGCAAUGCUUAUGCUUACAGUGACGGCAAAUGUUCAUUAUGGUAUGGUGAUCUACUAAAUACAGUAGUCGGUGGCCGGAUUUCUUUAGGAAAUCUAUACGUCAGACUGGAAAACAAAAAGCUGUCAAAUGCUCUGCUGGCGGCUUUCAUUACCAUUCCAGUUCUCAUCUGCAUUUCAUUGAUUUACAUAUUAUGGCAUAUCUGGAGAAGAAGACAUAACAAGAAAGAAUACAUGUUUGCCUCUACCGAUCUACUGACUAGCAUUUCUCUACUGGUUGAAUUUUACAAUACCAGGAAAAACAGGUGAGAAUUUAUUAAAUCUCAACUGGGACACUAGCAGCCAACAGAACACAGAUAGUAAUAGCAUCACCACUAGCAGCCUACUUGGAGGAGAGAAGAAAGUUCCUAAUUUGCCACAGUUUAGCUUUUCAAGCAUAUCUGCUGCCA